CACCGGCACUUACGGCGAAUAACUUUCGCCGGUUUGCAAAAUAAGUACCGAUUGGUGCCAAUCAUUGUCGCCAGGUGACCCUGCCCGUGCAACUAAUGCCACGCUACCUGACGGCCACUUUUGCAACGAGCUCGCCCCCAAGCGCGGAGCAGUGCGACAUCUCUGGAGGACGCGGGAUAGUUCUUGGUGCCGUCACUACAAGCCAUGGAUAGUACGGAUAAAAUGUGGCGGCUGUGAGCAUGGCAGAUGCUCUGGAGGCCAUGGCGUAUGCCGAAGAGGCCCUGGACGGCGGUGCCAUCAUCCUCAUCCCACAGGAGGAUGGCCAGCCUGUUCUGCUUGGGGAGGCCCUGGUGGGUGGUGGCUCUCAGCUGGUGCUGGGUCAGCUGCAACCCCUGCAGCUCGAAGGGAGCGACCAAGUGGCUGCUGCACCAUUGGUGUUUGCUCCCGUCAGCUCCGAAGGCCUGAUGGCCACAGCAGCGCCCGCUGCCAUGGUGACCACCACUGCCCCGACUCCACAGCAGGAGGAGGCCAGCCCUCUCAGGCAGGCGGAGCAGCCCCAGGCGGGGGGGGAUGCAGCACCGCUCCUGCGCACGGUGACGCAGACAAUGAAGGUGCGCUGGCUGGAUGAGCUGCUGGCGCACAAGGGGAUUCACUGCCCCAUCAGCGACUGCCCCUUCACCUGCCUCGCCAUCACCGCCAUGGAGAAGCACUACGCGCAGUGUGCUGGGGUGAAUGGAUCUGGCCUGGACCAGUGCCCUUACUGUGAGGCCCAGUUCCUCACCCACAGCAGUGCCCUGCACGUGCACAUAGUGGAGGAGCACCCGACACGGCGCUCCCUCAUGCAAUCGCACGUGGGCGAAGGACGCUACCGCAGGUCCCUUGGGGGAGCCUCCCGACGCAGCAAGACCCCGACCCCCCCACCACCACCACCCCCCAAGCGACCUUUGUUGGGCCAGGCACCUACCACUGCCGGGCAACAGCAGGCAGGUGGGACCCAGUGGGACUGGGAGCAGCGUCGGCGCACCUACUCUCGCUCUUGGGGCGAGCCCAUGGGCCCCACGUCGGAGCUGUUCCGCCGAGCAGGCUCCGAGGAGGAAGACCCGCUGCAGCUGCCCCGGUCAGUGAUCAACCGCAGCGAGAUCACCAUGUCCUCCGAGGAGCUGGCCCUGGAUGACCACCAGCUACAGCAGGAAGGUGCCGCCACAGCGGAGUCGGUGGAGGGAGGGGAGCCUCCCGUGGAGACACCCACGCCCGACACUAUUCGCCUGGAGCCAAUGCCACCGGCCCGGAUCAGCCGGGGCCGGGGGGGCUCUUCAAGGCGGCCUCCUCGCAGCCGCUACCGAGGGGAUCAUGUGCGCACCAUGCAGGUGAUAGUGAAGAAUGCGUCGGGUGCGGAGAGUACGAGUGCCCUGCUGCGCAACCCGCGGGUGCUGCAGACCUUGGGUGACCUGGCUGUGAAUGCUGCGACCACAGGUGCUUCAGCCACCGUCACUCUGGCCACGGGGGGCCCCUCCCCACAGGUGGACGAAGACGAGGCCGACCAGGCGGUGGUGGCUGUGCACAGUGCGACGGCAUCCGACGGCCGCUACCUCCAGGUGGAGCGAGCUCUCAAAGCACCCACUCUGCGGCCUGCCGAGGUGGACCGUUUCUUUGGGAGGCGCGUUGACUGCUCGUGCCAGACAGACGAUCUGCCUCCGGUGCCACCUGUCCGCCCCGAGCUGCCGCCGGCCGGCACGAUUGCUCCUCCGGCGAUCCUGAAGAGGACUCGCCUGCUGGCACCUGCACAGGCCAAGGUGCCCGGCAGGCCGCUGGCGGUCAGCAUAGUCUGUUCGAGCCGUGCCUCGUCAUCCGACGAAGAGGACGAUGGCAACGCACCGGUGGUGCCGGCGAAGCAACAGAGCCAGCAGCAGCUGGUUUCCCCUAGGGCGCCUGCCACGCAGGCUUCGGCCGCUACGGGGCCACAGCCUUCGCCACUGGAGCAUUCGGCAACACUGCACUCCUUCGCAGAACAGACUGCAGCACCUGAGCAGCAGCUACUGCAGCAGUUUGUCCUGGCGACAGUGCAAGAGGGACAGGCAGCAGCCCCAGUGCAACCGGCUGGAGCAGCAGUCGAGCUGCCGCCCAUCCCACAGCUGAUGGUGCAGCAGCCAGGCCUGCCCCAGCAGUUUUUGGUGCCAGUGAGCCAGGCUGUGCUGCUGGGGCAGCCACUGCAGCAGCACCAGGUGGCCCAGCUGCUGGCCCUGCAAAAGUCGUUGGCCUCCUCCCAGCCAGCACUGGAAGAGUCCCUGCUGCCCCAGCCUGUUCACUUGACUGCACUGCAGCAGCAGCCGGUGAUUGUGCAGGCAGCUAGCUCGACACAGCCUGUACAGCCAGUCAUUCUGCUGCCAGCAGGCCAGCUACCAGCUGAGCACAGCAUUAGUCAAAAAGUGGAUGAGCAGCCGCCGCACGAAGUUCAGACAGCCACGAUGCAAGCAGCAACUCUUGUUGAUGGUGCUCGGGCUGCUGUAGAGGCAUCCUCUGCUCAUGCCGAGGAUCAAGAGCGCAGCAGUAAAGAGCAACAGGAUGCUCCAGUCGAGCCCAACGCUGACGAGCAAUCAGCGGAGAAAGCGGCAAGCAAUGCAGCUGAAGAAGAGGUUGCUGCAGUGACAUGCGAGGCACCUCCAAUGCCGGCUGAAGACAGCUCAGCUUGUUUGGAUGGGGUCACAGUGGAAUGUGACCCCGAAGAUAAGGCCUUGGCUGACAGCUUGCCUGCGGUAAUCAAGUCACAAGAAGGUCUACAGCAGCAAACUGUUCACGAGAGCACAUCAGUGUGUCUCUCUGUUGAAGGUUUGCCUGUUCCUGGAGAACCCACUGUUCCAGCCCAGCAUCUCCAAGAGCAGCAUUCAGUUCCUGGAGAGGCAGAUCCGGUGAAUCCUAGGGCUGAACAAGAGCCCCAGAGGAGAUAUUGUGAAGAGCUUUGUGACCUGCAGUCAUGCAGUAUUCCACAACAAGAGUUUGGCCAGAGUCUGGAGCCUGAGCGUCAUCUCAGUGUUGAAGGCCAGCCUGUGUCACAGUGUGAGGGAAGCUACGCUUUUCACCUGCAUGGGCCGGACAGUUCACCGGAACAGGUGGUUCCUCAACACGAUGUUGCUCAACAUGAGGCAGGUGCAACCUCUGAGUGUGCACUGGAAGGCACUAGUGAAGAAUCACUGACAGCGUGUGAAGAUGAGCUGCUGCUGCAGCAGCAGCAGCAGCAAGGUGCUGUGGGACAAGAAUCUCAAGUUGUGCAUGCACCGCAGCAGCAGGAGGCCCUGGAACGGAGCACCGAUCAAGUUGAGCCGGAGGAAUCGUCUGCAAGUCUGGACCAGCAGGAUGCCAGCUGUGAGGGACUAGCGGCCUUGCCUCCUUCUGCACCAUACUCGGGUGCAACCAUGGCUCAAAGGCCUCUGGAGAGUUCAUUGGGGCCAGCCACUGGGAUGGAGGGAAGUGUGCAGCAGAGUGCUCAAGAUGGCAACACCUUCAUAGUUUCUAGUCAACCGCAUCCUAUGCACGUUUUGGUGCCGUCAUUGGACACUGCCUCCACGGAUGACCAACCAAUUGAGGAGCAAGGAGCUUUACGUUCAGAGGAAGUACUGGCUAAGCUUUCGAGCCAAGCAUCUCAAGAAACGGGUGUCAAACAGGCAUGUGUUCUGCUCUCAAUGCCAGAAGGUGUGCCUGGUCACGAGACUCGGGGCGUGUCGGAGCAGCAUAGCUUGGCCAAUUUUUCUGGACAAAGUGACUUGGAGAAGCCACCUGCAGAGGAUAACCCUGUGUCUCCAGAAGCAAAGAGAUUCAAAGCGUGUAAAGGGGAUGCUGUGGAACCAGUUUAUUUGACACUUCCUUGUAGCAGGGAUGACAGUGAUGCCUUCAUGGACGACGCCGACUCUGCAUCUAGUUGCGAAGCUUUACACAUUGUGGAGUCAGUACCCGAAGAAGAGGCCAGAAGCGUGGGCAGGGCUGGAACUGGCGAGUCGCAGGCUGAUGCGGAAGAUGUUGCCGGUCAUUUUUUAGUGGUUAGCGGAGGCCGUCGCGUGGCGGCCUCCACGUGUGCCCAAAUCCCCGUGCAGUUGGUUGUCUCGGACGGGAUGCAGCAGCUGAAGAGGCUGGCUUGCAAUGUCACCUGUCGCACACUCGAGCAAUCGCACAAGAGUUUUCGGCCUGGUGACAAACCCACACUGCAAUUCACAGUUGAACUGAAACUGGGCUCCAGGUCGUCUACGUUGCGCCCACUCGUGAAACCUUGGUCGAAGAUUGUAGGCCGGCCCGCAGUGAAACGCCAGCGGCCAAAGCGAUUCCAGCUGCGAUUCAAGCCAACUUCAUUGCCACAGCAGCUCAGGCCUCCUGUCAUCGGUUCACAGAGAGAGGACGUUUUACCUGUCAUGUCAGAGCAGACAGUUGUCUUGGAGGAGGAGGCCUCGGCUGGCAGCUGCAGCUCCAGUGCUGGGCCACACCUUGAAGCUACAGGUGAGCCUGGAGGCCGCAGACUCAAGGGGAAGCCAACCAAGCGCAGCCAGUCACCACCCCUGGAAGGUCGUCCAUCAUCCCCAGAGCCCAAGAGAAGGAGGGGCCGUCCAAGGAAGAACGACAACAGCCCAGAGGAAGGGGCAGCAGGAGACGGCAGCCCUGAUGCUCGGAGGAGGAGCUCAGGUCGCCUUGCAGAGGCUGCUGGAAAGGACUCGUUUACUUGCUCCGGGUGUGGCAAGUUGUUCACCUGCAGGAAAGAAGCCUCACAUCACAUUCUUCACGCCCACUACAACCUGGCACGGCUGAAUGACGAGCGGCCACUCAGUGAGCAGGAAGUGCGGGCAGCCCUGCGUCGUGCCGCAGAGUCCCUCGACCAGCUGGUGUGUCGGGGCUGCGGAGGAGCCUUCGAGACCUACAUGUCUUUCUAUCUGCACCGCAGCCGCUGCCAGACGGAAGAACAGCAGAUGCUCCAGCUGACUUCCUUCACGCCCUUGGUUCAGACAGGAGGCACUGUCCAGGACAAGAGGGGGAGAAAGCGAGCGGCUGCAGCUCGACAGUCAUUCACCUGUUCGGCGUGCAAGUGUGUGUUUGGCUCCAGGCAGGAGGCUGACACUCACAUCCUGCGCACCCACUACAACCUGGCCCGUGUAAACGAUGACCGGCCGCUGACCGCACUGGAAGUGGUGUCUGCCCUGAACCAGAUCAAGAACCGGUUGCGGCGCUUCGACUGCCACCAGCCAGGCUGCAACCACCAUGCUGCCAGCGCCUCCGAAUACUUGCACCACCUCAACAUCUGUGGGCCGUAUGCUGGACAAAUCGCAGCAGCAGGCCAAGCUGUGUCCACACCACCACUCCGCAAGAAGAAGAGCCAGGCUGUGUCCACCCGACCUGGUCAACCCAAGCGGGUGCCCUGCUUCAAGAUCAACCUGGAUUUCCCUGACGGGACAGCGCUGGUAUGUUCAAGCUGCCGCAAGUCAUUCACCUGCAAGGAGGCUGUCACAGAACAUGUGCUCAAGGCACACUACAACCUGGCACGGGUGAAUGAUGAGCGUCCUCUGAGCCUGGAGGAGAUGAGAUCAGCCCUGCGGCAGGCCAGCUUGACCACAUCACGCUUUGCAUGCUCGGAGCCAGGAUGCGAGGCCAGCUUUGCUUCGUACAUGUCCUACUACUCUCACCUCAGCCACUGCGGGCCAUUCGUCGAGACCUUCAUUGGGAAGCCAGUUCAGGUGCCUUGUCCUCCUGCCUCCCCCACUGCACAGGACCCAAGCGAGAAGGGCAAGCGUUCGUCUGCGCUCAGAGCGCUGGCUUCCUUCCGGGUGUUGGAGGGCGCAGCAGACAAUGCAGCCACUGUCCGGCAAGUCUCGGCGGACUCAGAUUUUGCACCGUCCGAAGGGGAAGGAGAGCACGAGUGUGACAGCUGGGGUGACGACGACGACGGCGAUGAAGAACUGCAGCAUCAGGCGGUGUGUGAGGAGGACAGGCCACCAGUGGGGGUCAUUCUGCAGCGCGCUUGGCAGGGCAGGUACGAGGCACCACAGCAGCAGCCGGUGGCCCACAUCGACCCCAAGAUGGUGGCCAGCUGGGCCGACACCCUGGCCCACACUCCCCACAUCCAGUGCCCUAACGAGGGUUGCCCAAAGCAGUUCAGCACAGUGCCAGGCCUGCGGUACCACUUCCGACGAUGCCGCCUGAUGCAACUGUACCGGUGCCUCAACUGCUCCGAGGGCACGUUUGCUCACCCUAAGUCCCUGCUCCAGCACCUGCGGUCUUGCUACCCGGAGCGCCCCGAAGGAGACCAGCCUCGGACUUCCAACAGCCAUCGGCGCUCGGUCGUGUCCUCUCAGCGGCUGCCAGCACAGUUGUCAAGCACGUUGGGACCGCUGUUCCACCACUUGUACCAGCAUAUGCAACAAAUGGAGAGGCAGAGCCAGUGCUGGGAGGAGACGCUCUACCCCGGCUGGACUUCCAGUGGCUGGCGACUUCUGGACCAGCAGUGA